CACUUCCCGGAAAGAGGGUCCAGACAGAGCCGUUCUCUUUAGUGUUUGCCCUGCUCUCCCAAUGUCCACCUCCUCCCCGCCCGCUAUUUGAUCCAUUAAACCCCACAGACUGACUCCUGGCCCAAAGCUAACGAUAGGGAGCCGACGUGUAUUAUGGAGUACUUUUAAAAACUGAACAAAGGGAACGACGAGGCAGAGCUCACAUCCAGACGUCCUCGCUCAACCGUUCCUCCCACACCCCGCCGUUCGCCAUUGCUGCACCGCCCAGCUCGAGGUUGACUAAAAAAGCUACAAGCUGCGCCGACGGAAAAUGUCCCAGCUCCAGUUUCAGUGCCCGGCGAGCCCCAUGCCGGCUGCCUCCGCCCCGAUGCAGCCGCAGCCCUGCUACAGCAUCCCCUGCUCCUCAGGCACGUUACCCUCGGAGAGCGCCAGCCAGCCCAUCCGGAGCUCCGCUCUCCCUGCCGGCUCAGCCACUCCCUAUAAUACAGUAUCUAACAUGGCAAACCCUAAAGAGAAGACCCCCAUGUGUUUGGUGAAUGAGUUAGCCCGUUUCAACAAGAUCCAACCUGAGUAUAAGCUACUGUGUGAGCAAGGACCAGCUCACUCCAAGAUUUUCUCAGUUAGACUCGCCCUGGGAGAUCAGCACUGGGAGGCAGAGGGUACCAGCAUCAAGAAAGCCCAGCAUUCGGCUGCUGCAUCCGCCCUGACUGAGACGACACUGCCCAAGCCCACCCUGAGGAUGCCCCGCAACACAGCAGAUGGCAUGACACACACCAUGGAGUUAAAUGCACUAUGUAUGAAGAUUGGUAAAAAGCCUAUGUAUAAACCCAUCGACCCAUAUGUGGGGAUGAGACCACCAAACUUCAAUUAUAACGUUCGGGCUCCAGGACCUUACCAGCGCUCUAUGCAACAGUACUAUUACCCAUUUCCUCCAGUGGGACCAAUAAUAUACCAUAUGGAGCUUUCCAUCGGAGGCCAGCAGUUUAUUGGGAAGGGACGCACGCGGCAGUUGGCCAAACACGAAGCUGCUGCCAAGGCCCUGAAAGCGCUUCACAAGGAGCCGAUACUGCAACAGCUACCAGUGAUGAAUGGAGAGUCCGAGGAGGAGGAGAACCUCAACAAGUCGGAAAUCAGUCAAGUGUUUGAAAUUGCACUCAAACGCAACUUACCUGUCAACUUUGAGGUUUUAAAGGAGGAAGGCCCCCCCCAUAUGAAGAGUUUUGCAGUAUGCGUGACAGUCGGGGAGUUCACUGGGGAGGGCGAAGGAAAGAGUAAAAAAAUUGCCAAGAAGCUUGCGGCAGCCGCAGUGCUCGCGGAGUUGAGGAGGCUACCCCACAUACCCAGUGUGGAGAAGACACUGCCCCGCAUCAAAAAGAAAACAAAAUCCAUCAUUAAGCUGCAGACCAGCCCAGAAUAUGGCCAGGGAAUGAAUCCCAUCAGCCGCCUGGCUCAGAUCCAGCAGGCCAAGAAGGAGAAGGAACCAGAGUACAGCAUGGUGACGGAGAGAGGUCUCCCUCGGCGCAGGGAGUUCGUCAUGCAGGUGACAGUGUGCGGCCAGACAGCCGAGGGAAUGGGUCCUAGUAAGAAGGUGGCCAAGAGGAACGCAGCGGAGAAGAUGCUGGAGCUCUUGGGAUACAAAGUGCCUCAUCCUCAGCCCCCGAAACCGGCACUCAAAACAGACGAAAAGAUCCCAGUGAAGAAACCUGGUGAUGGGCGCAAAGUGACCUUUUUUGAGCCUGGCUCUGUAGAGGAGGUGGCAUUGUGUUGCAAGGAGGAGGACUUCCGCCUGCCUUACUUGAGCCACCAGCAGCUACCUGCAGGUAUCCUGCCCAUGGUCCCUGAAGUGGCUCAAGCCGUGGGGGCCUUCCAAGCAUCCCAGGCUAAAGACUACAGUCGAGCCGCGCCCAACCCCGGCAAGGCCACAGUCACUGCCAUGAUUGCCAACGAGCUGCUUUACGCGGGGACGUCCCCGACUGCCGAGACAAUCCUAAAGAACAGAAAUAACCUGCACCAACUUCCCCACGGACCCCUCACCAGGCCUUCAGAACAGCUCAGCUUUCUGGCAUCAGUACAAAGCCUGCAGGUGGAAUACAAAGAUUUUCCCAAAAACAAUAAAAAUGAGUUUGUAUCACUAAUUAAUUGCUCCUUCCAACCACCGCUCAUCAGUCAUGGGAUUGGAAAAGAUGUAGAAUCCUGUCAUGAUAUGGCCGCGUUGAAUAUAUUAAAGUUGCUCUCGGAGUUGGACCAGCAGUCAGGUGAAAGGACAGCGAAUGGACCAGUCUCUCGGUGUGGCAAGCAGGAAAUGGAGGGUGACUUGCACCUCAAACAGGCUAACUCAAGCGCAUUGGCACAGAUCCUGGAUGGCGCUGUUUAGACGAUCAGGUUUGGUUGUGUGUAAAAGCAACUCAAGACACUCUCGUUAGUCGGAGAAAAGCUACCGGAAGCGUCGGCCACUGUGGACUCAACCUUCACUCUUCAUACUCAUCGUUCCCAAAUGUUCAGUUGAACCAGAUUGAUUUGGUUUGACUGUACACGGUAUUUAUUUUGUCGCUUUGUAGAAAAAGUAGCUGCAUCCUAGUUCAUACGUUUAAGGGGGGGUUUCACUCGGUGGAGAAAGAAAGAUGCAACUAACUGAAUUCUGUUCUCUUUCGCCUGGAUCCGUUUUUUUCCCCCCUCUGUUUUUAAUUCUCUUCCUUUAACAUUUCGUCCCCCGCUGAGUUGGUUCAUUAAACACGACCUUGCGACGGUUUGGACCUCCUCUUUGUCUCGGGUGCUUUAUAUCGACGACCUCAAGUGAAGUGUUACUGAGGUUACCGCGUAGGGCCGGGAAGCAUCCGUGACUAACUGUAGCGUGUGGUGUCAUGUGAAGUUGUCUCUGCCGCGUGUGAACGCCGGCGUUUCCCUGUCGCGUCCGUUUCACCGAUGCUCCACUUCCCUUGUGUCAACCCCUCGUCUUUCUCGCUCCUCGUGGUGAUUAAACUUACGUGCGUGCGUGCGCAAAACAAACAGA